AAGACUCCAACCCGUUGAAUUGUUCUAAAUAAUUAAUUAAGGAAAAAGAAAACAAAAAACGAAUUAACGUAGCCCCUGUCUCCUCCUCUUGCUCCCCUCUUUCUCUUAGCUCUCCAUUGAAGCGCAUUCAACGUUCUCCGUUGAAUCGCCCUUGACAUUUUCCAUCGAGGCGCCUUCUAGUACUUUUAUCAGCUUUUAAGAGAAGAUGAUUAACUUGUUCAGAGUGAAAGCCAAACAGAAGGAAAAUGCUGAAAAUCUUAAUGGAAAUACCCAUGUCAAGAAGCAAACAGCAGGAGAAUUACGUCUUCAUAAAGAUAUUAGUGAACUGAACCUGCCCAAAUCAUGUACCAUAACAUUUCCCAAUGGAAAGGAUGACCUGAUGAAUUUUGAAGUUACUAUCCGGCCUGAUGAGGGAUAUUAUUUAGGCGGCACAUUUGUGUUCACCUUCCAAGUUCCAUGUGUAUAUCCUCAUGAGCCUCCCAAGGUUAAGUGCAAGACAAAGGUAUACCAUCCCAACAUCGACUUGGAAGGUAAUGUCUGCCUUAACAUUCUAAGAGAAGACUGGAAACCUGUUUUGAAUGUCAACACUGUCAUCUAUGGGUUGUAUCAUCUCUUCACGCAACCAAACUAUGAAGACCCUUUAAAUCAUGAUGCCGCUGCUGUGUUAAGGGAUAAUCCAAAAAUUUUCGAAAACAAUGUGAAAAGAGCUAUGGGUGGGGGUUAUGUGGGUCAAACUUUCUUUCCUAGGUGUUCUUCUUGAUGGUUAUGAUGCUGUAAACUUGGAUGUGAAGGGUGCAGUUUGACUUCCUGGAAACUAUGCCAUUAAACCUGUACCAAUUUCGCCAGGAGUGUAUUUGAUGCUUGGUAUAUACUUUGUGUUGCAACGAGAAUUUAGCCAAAUGACAUGAAAUUUUAUGGUAUUUUCUUGUUCAAAAUAAACAACAGUUAAAUUGUGCAAACAAUUUGGAAAUAUUCGUCAAAAAAUAUACCUUAUAUUUUACUCUCUA